AGGCGGAUCCUCCUACCUGGGGCGCUCGCUCCCUCGCAGCUCGUUCGCCGGGGCCGCGAGUCACCUGGGGAGGCCGACAAGUGCGGACACAUUGGCCGCCGAGGCGCUCGGCGAGGCGCGCACGGCCCCAGGCGGCUGCGCCCAGGACAGGCAGCGCCAGCCCCGCCGCCGCUCUCGGGCCCGGGCCCGGGUCCCCGCCGGCGCUCGUGGGGCUCCGCGGCCGCUCAGUCGGGCUGCGAGGGUGCGCCCCGAGCCCAGGUCACUCCCCCGGCACAGGCGGCGGCGCCCCGGCUCACCAUGGUGGCAGCGCGCGCCCAGUGCCCGCGCCUCGCCCGCCGCCGGAGCCGCAGCGCCGGCUGAGCGCGGUCCGCCAGGCCCCCGCCCCCCCGCCCGCCCGCCCGCCCGCGCGCCCCUCCGCCGCCGCUGUUUAUGGCGCAGCCCCCCGCCCUGGAUCAUGCACAGAAACUUCCGCAAGUGGAUUUUUUACGUGUUUCUCUGCUUUGGCGUCCUCUACGUGAAGCUCGGAGCGCUGUCGUCCGUCGUGGCCCUCGGCGCCAACAUCAUCUGCAACAAGAUCCCCGGUUUGGCCCCGCGGCAGCGCGCCAUCUGCCAGAGCCGGCCCGAUGCCAUCAUUGUGAUCGGGGAGGGGGCGCAGAUGGGCAUCAACGAGUGUCAGUACCAGUUCCGCUUCGGGCGCUGGAACUGCUCCGCCCUCGGGGAGAAGACGGUCUUCGGGCAGGAGCUCCGAGUAGGGAGCCGUGAGGCCGCCUUCACCUACGCCAUCACGGCGGCCGGCGUGGCGCACGCGGUCACGGCCGCCUGCAGCCAGGGCAACCUGAGCAACUGCGGCUGCGACCGCGAGAAGCAGGGCUUCUACAACCAGGCCGAGGGCUGGAAGUGGGGCGGCUGCUCGGCCGACGUGCGCUACGGCAUCGACUUCUCCCGCCGCUUCGUGGACGCGCGCGAGAUCAAGAAGAACGCGCGGCGCCUCAUGAACCUGCACAACAACGAGGCGGGCCGGAAGGUCCUGGAGGAGCGCAUGAAGCUGGAGUGCAAGUGCCACGGCGUGUCGGGCUCCUGCACCACCAAGACCUGCUGGACCACGCUGCCCAAGUUCCGCGAGGUGGGCCACCUGCUCAAGGAGAAGUACCACGCGGCCGUGCAGGUGGAGGCCGUGCGCGCCAGCCGCCUGCGGCAGCCCACCUUCCUGCGCAUCAAGCAGCUGCGCAGCUACCAGAAGCCCACGGAGACGGACCUGGUGUACAUCGAGAAGUCGCCCAACUACUGCGAGGAGGACGCGGCCACGGGCAGCGUGGGCACGCAGGGCCGCCUGUGCAACCGCACCUCGCCCGGCGCCGACGGCUGCGACACCAUGUGCUGCGGCCGCGGCUACAACACGCACCAGUACACGCGCGUCUGGCAGUGCAACUGCAAGUUCCACUGGUGCUGCUUCGUCAAGUGCAACACGUGCAGCGAGCGCACCGAGGUCUUCACCUGCAAGUGAGGCCGCGCCCGCCGCCCGCCGCGUCUGCACGCGGGCUCCGCCUCCGGGCCCCGGGCGGCCAGCUGGGCAGCGGUGGCUGCGGACGGUGGGGCUCCAGACGCGGGAGGAACCCCUGGGCCCCGCACCCUCUCCCCGUCCCGCGGCUCCUUCCCGCCAUUCCCGUCGCUUCCUGUGGCAGAACAGCGCCCGCGGCCCGGCCCAGCGAUGCCUUUUCUUUUCUCCGGGAAGGGGAGCCUCGAGGACACACGUGUCCCCGGAAAGCAGAGACGACAGGACUCUGCGUGACCCCCGCUCUGCCUGGUGGGGUGAACACGGACAGGCCACGCCGGCCGGCCCCACGUGAGACUGUCUCAGGCCACGUCGGCUGCGGGACCCUGGCGUGGGCUGGGCAGACGUGGACAGAUUAUUUAUGUUUUCAUAGAACCAGAGGAGGACUCAGCACAGGGCCAGCUGGCCCUGACCCCGCACCCCGUGGAGCGCACGCCCUCUGCCCCGUUCCUCUCCGAGGCCCGCCUGGCUCUGCCCGGGACGGGUGGCUGUGUGCGCUCGGCCCCCAGGUGAGCGGGCAGGGCUUGGUGACCAGCAUGGCCGCAGGGGACCCCUGAGGGCAGCCCUGCACAGGGCCUCUGCUCCCUUCUCUUAGAAAGAUUUUAGAAAACCCCAUCAAACCGAUCAAACUGUCCCCCAGAUCAGGUUCAGGCUGCAUCCCUCCCCAGACCUGUGGCCCCCCAGCCCUCACCAGCCUGGCACCUCGCAGUUUACAGAGCCCCUCCCACCCCGGAGCCAGCGGGACCCCAGGCCAGCACUGAGCGGGGUGUGGGGGGGCCGGGAGUCUUCAGGGUGUUGGCCUCAUUGGACAGAGGGGGACACUGAGGCCCAUCACUAGCCAGAGGCCCCAGGACCUGAGUGGGGGUGCCUGCCGUGGCUUGGGUGUCCUGACCCACAGCCCAUGGCCCCUGGCCCCAGAGGACAAGCUCUGGGGACGCCCAGGCUGGCGUGAGGCGGCCCCCACGCCUUGAGAAAUCCAUUGCACCCCUCCCCGCUGCCUCCCCGGGCUCUGCACCCCCAGAGAUGCCUGUGAGGGUUUGUCCUUGCCCAUCCUGGCCUUUCACCCGGACCCUGAUGUGGAGAGAGCUUGGGUCCAGGCGACCCUGUGCUAGGGCCCCACCUGACACCCCCGUCCCCCCGCCCCCGCACCAUGCAGGCCCUCCCUGAAGUCCACUCACCCUGAAACCUGGGAGAGGGAAGCGGAGGGGGUCGGCUCAUUCUAAUCGACGUGGGGGACGGGAGAGAUGAGAAACCGGGGUCUCGGGCAGGCGUGUCCUCUGCCGACGCUCCCACCUCCCGAGGAGACCGAGCCGCAGAGGUGACUGCUGGGAAGCUUGGUGUGCGGUGACUGCCGGUGCGCCCUCCACUGCCCACACCCCGCCCCGAACUAGGGUCUUUCCUCGUAGAUACCACGGGCGGCUGACCGGCCACCUGGGCUGGACAUCAGCCUGGGGCGAGCGGCACUGUCUGGGCCGUGCCCCUAACGAUGCCAGGACACCCCCUUAGCUGCUGUCCUGGGACCCUCCAGGCCCAUGUCCCUCCCCGCCCCGCCCCACCCCACC